AACAGAGAAAACGAAAGCAGAAGGCAACAUUUGUUAUAAAUUGAUUGCCAAACUAUAACAAAUAUUGCGUAACAGUAAUUAUUAGGAAGACAGGUGAAUAUCGUUGCACUGCUAAGACUAGAAAAUGUCACAACCUAUUGCCAGUCAACCACAGGGCCAGGGCCCACCAGGAUAUGGUUCUAACCCACAAGCUGGUUAUGGGGCUCCACCAGGCCAAUAUGGAGCACCACCAGGCCAAUAUGGAGCACCGCCAGGCCAAUACGGAGCACCGCCAGGCCAAUAUGGAGCACCACCUCAAGGAUAUCAGUAUCAGAACCAGCAGUAUACCCAGGGUCAACCUCAAAUGCAACCAAUGCCUGGACAAUCUGGACAACCUGUCAAGUGGAUGAAUCAGCCUGAGGCGAUUUCCGGUUGUCCGCCAGGCUUGGAGUAUCUCACACAAGUAGACCAGCUGCUCGUCAAGCAACAGGUGGAACUUCUCGAAAUGGUUACUGGGUGGGAAACUGCUAACAAAUACAAAGUUGUCAACAAUCUGGGUCAGCAGGUGUAUUUUGCAGCAGAAGAAUCUGAUAUGUGCACUAGACAGUGUUGUGGACCACAGCGAGGAUUUAUUAUGCAUAUCACUGACAACAUGGGACAGGAGGUGAUCCGAGUACAGAGGGAGUUCAAGUGUUGUGCGGGUUGUCCCUGGUGUGCUGGGAUUGAUUGCUGUGCUCACUUCCUGACCGUUGAGUCGCCUGUGGGACACCCAAUCGGAUAUGUCAGACAGAUGGGAAGCUGCUGGGAACCACGGUAUGCACUUCUUGAUGCUGACAUGAAUAUGAUUCUCCAGAUUAAGGGCCCAUGCUGUAUUUGUCAGGGACCUUGCUGCACCUGGGAUCAGGAAUUCAAUGUUUUCUCUAAAGAUGAGAGUACAGAGGUUGGUAAGAUCAGUAAACAGUGGACUGGGCUAAUUAAAGAGAUGUUUACUGAUGCUGACAACUUUGGUGUUACAUUUCCAAUGGAUCUUGAUGUGAAAAUGAAGGCGGUUCUCUUGGCAGCUGUCUUCCUCAUUGAUUUCAUGUUCUUUGAGCAGAAACAGAACAACAAUAAUUAAAUUCAGAAAAGUGGAUGACGGUGAACCUACAGUGAACAAACUAACAGAAUGAUUGAAAUUGUACCAACAUUCCAAUUUUUUUUCAUGUGUGUAAUUUUAUGCUUCUUUUAUAUGUAAUUUACAUUUAGUCUAAUAUUCUUUGUGGAAGUCAUUAUAUCACAUGCAUGUAUCUGUGACGUGUUCAGAAGUCUGAGCGCUUGCUGACAAUUUGACAUGUAUCAUGUCUUCUGUCACAUCACAUUCAUCUAAUGUUGGGUGCAGAAACCAGUCUAGUGAGGGACCGCAAUCACUCACUCUCUUGAACUCACCUCUGCUGAUUGAUGUUUAACAUAUUUCUCAACUUUAAAUACCAAAGAUUGCAAACCCAAAUAUUAGGGUUCGAGAGGAUGGUUUGGGGGGGUGGGGGGGUGGGGGGGUAUUUUUGUUUUUUUAAAUAUAGGCUUUUGUGCAUGGGGUCUUAAAACCCCAAGCCCAAAGUGAAUAUUUUUUUAUCAGUAUGUUGUAUAGAAUCCCUUGAGGGCAGCUGGUAUAUUUUUAAUUAUACAUUAUAUACAUUAUUUAUGCUAGUGACAAUCUAGACAUCUCGUUUAUUGAUGUUAUAACAUCAUUGGAACCGUCUGCUAUCACAAACAGCAUUUAUAACCAUAAACUCAGUGAAUUUGCUACACUUUCUAUAUUAUCAGGAUCCAGUGUUCAAAAGAUUUCAAUAUAAUAGUUGAGAAAAUUAUUUGACAGUAUACCAUUUCGUUUUACUCUGUUAUUAAGUGUUGGGGAAAAGGUUACGGAUCGACACUGGGCUUGAAAUAAGAAGUAAAAUGUAACCUGCUGUUAUUGUUUUUAAAAUAGCAGGCCAAAAUAAAUAUAUAUUCUCCUGGGGAGAGUUUUGAAGUUUUUGUCUCUCCAAGACAAAAUCAGAAGGUGAGAUGCUACUUUUCCGAAGGUCAUAGGGAUAUGUUUGGCAUUUAUAUAGGGCUUCUAGAAUUUUCUAAAAAUCCACUAGCCAUGGGGUCAGUGAUUUUUUUUUUAAAUUCACUAGCCAUGGGAUCAAUGAUUUUCUAAAUCUGCUAGCCAUGGGAUCAAUGAU